CAGUGCUCCGGCGGAAGUGGACGCGGGGGCCAUGGCGGCGAUGCAGGGCAAGGCCGAGGCCGAACACCUCCCCAUUGUUCAGCGGGAGGACGCGUGGGAGAGCGCCCUGCAGAGCUCGGGGCAGGGCGACGCCGCGGCGGAGGACUGGGACCCGGAGCUGGGGGCGUGGUCCGCGGAGUCGCGCCAGGAGGCCCGCGACAAGCUGGCGGCGUUGCAGGAGAACCUCAACAAAGCGAUGGACGAGCUCAAAGCGAAGAUGGCCGCCAGGGAGGCCAUGACCGCGGAGGAGGCCGCCGCCGCGGACAAGAAGCAGCUCGCGGAGUGGGAGGCCCACCCAGAGCACAAGCAGACGAGGGACGCGGCGAUGAAGGCGUCGGCGGAGCUGCAGGCGGUGGUGGAGGGCCUCGUCGCGAAGCGCAAGCAGCGCCUGGCGGCAAAGGAGGCGGACGUCCAGUCCUGAUGCGGAGCCCCGCGGGGCGAGGCCGCCUCCUGCGAGUGCGCGGGCGAGGGCGAGGCGGGGCGCGUGGGGGGAGGGCAGGCGUCGGCCUCACGCAAGAGCGACCUCUCGCCGGAGGGUCCUCUGGUGUGCGCACGCCGGGGUCUCCGCUCGGCUGGACGCGGUGCGAGGGCAGUGUCCUGCACGCUCGGGUCAUGGCCCCCGCCGCGGCCGCCGGAGCUCGCGCACCGGCCGUCGCCCUUGCCCGGGGCCGCCUCUUGCGCGUGGCUGGAAGAGGCUGGUGCGGGAGGAGGGAGGAGCGGAACGACAGGUGCAGCGAAAGCCCACGCCAAGAGGCGCCCUGUUCGCCUCCAGGGUGCCCUGGGCUUCGGUGGCCCUCUGCGAUGGCAGGCGCGACGUCUUCCCGCACCAGGGAGCAGUGGACGUCCUGGCGUCUCGGGUUCGGGCUUCUUUCGUGGAAGGCUUCUUUUGGCCUGGCCUCCACUGCAUCUCCGAAGGGAACGCUGCACGUGCGCACCAGUUCGGAUCUCGGCGCACAUCUCUUGCACGGGGGCAGACGCCCUAGGUGGGGCCCCGGGGGCACUCGGCCAGCACCGCGGCCGCCGCCCGUCGCCGCCGCUUCCCGCCGCGGGACGCACAGUCAGCGCACCGCUCGAAGCGCCUCGUCCGCGCGGACGUGGCCACCCGGGGGGAAAGGGCUCGUUUCG